AUGGGUGAUGAUGAACAGAAAAGUGUUCCCAAAUUUGUGGCUCCUGUUAUUCAAGACAAUGUAAAUGGCUGGGGACCGUGUGACAUGCCAGAGCAAUUUAAAGACAUGCCGUACCAGCCGUUUUCAAAAGGAGAUCGAUUAGGCAAGGCAAGUAUAUCUGACUGGGCUGGAACUGCUUUUCAAGAUAAAAAAUACAUCAACAAAUAUCAGUCGCAAUUUGGUGCUGGUAGUCAAUAUGCUUACUAUCAUGAAGAAGAUGAAUCAACAUUUCAUCUUGUGGAUACUACAAGGGUGCAAAAACCACCUUAUCAGAGGGGUAGAUUUAAACAAAAUCGUCCUAACCUUAGAGGUCGUGGUGGUCAAAGAGGAACUACUUCUCAAUUGCAACUUUUGACCAAAGGCCCAAAAUUGCGUGACAAAAAAGUUCAGCAAAAAAAAUGGAGUCGUCAACCAGGUUUAAGAAACCAAAAAAAUCAGCCUCCAAUUAAAAACAGAGAUGCAUCUGUUACAGUGCGAGCUGAUUGGGUGACUAUUGAAGAAAUGGAUUUUCCACGUUUAGCCAAACUUUCUUUGCCAAAUGUUAAGGAAGGAGUUGACAUAAUGUGCUGUGGAUCUCUUGAAUAUUAUGAUAAAGCCUAUGAUAGAGUGAAUGUCAAAAAUGAAAAGCCUUUGCAGCGUAUUGAUAGAAUAUUUCAUACUGUUACUACUACUGAUGAUCCGAUAAUUCGUAAAUUGUCAAAAACUGAAGGAAAUGUGUAUGCCACUGAUGCCAUAUUGGCAGCCAUUAUGUGCUCUACACGUUCUAAUUAUUCUUGGGACAUUGUUAUUGAAAAAAUUGGGCAUAAGCUUUUUUUUGAUAAAAGAGACAAUACUGAAUUUGAUUUACUCACUGUUAAUGAAACAAGUGUUGAACCACCUCAAGAUGAUGGUAACAGCUUCAACUCUCCUAGGAAUUUAGCAUUAGAAGCAACUUUUAUUAACCAUAAUUUUUCUCAACAAGUGCUUAAAACAGGUGAACCUCGGUACAAUUUUGAGGAAAAAAAUCCAUUUAUUUCGGAAGAAGAAGAGGGUGAAGUGGCUUCUGUUGCUUACAGAUAUCGAAAAUGGGAUUUAGAUAAUGGAAUCGUUUUGAUAGCACGUUGCGAACAUGAUGCCGUUAUGCAAAUGCCCAAUGGAGAUAUUCAAUUUCUUACAAUAAAGGCCUUGAAUGAAUGGGACUCGAAGUUAUCCGGUGGAGUUGAGUGGAGGCAAAAGUUGGACACACAACGGGGAGCUGUUUUGGCAAAUGAACUUCGUAACAAUGCAUGCAAGUUAGCAAAAUGGACAGUUCAAGCAUUACUCGCUGGCUCUGAUCAAAUUAAAUUUGGUUAUGUUUCGCGAGCUCAUGUCAGGGAUUCAUCUAAACAUGUAAUCUUGGGAACUCAGCAAUACAAACCUAACGAAUUUGCAACUCAAAUAAAUUUGAAUAUGGAUAAUGCUUGGGGUAUUUUGCGUUGCAUUAUUGAUAUUUGCAUGAAGCAAAAAGAAGGGAAAUAUUUAAUUAUGAAAGAUCCCAACAAGCCAAUGAUUCGAUUAUACGAUAUUCCCGAUAAUACAUUUGAUUCUGAAGGAGAUGAAGAUGAAGAUGAUGAUUCGAGAAGCGCUAUUCCUGAAUCAUAUUUGGAGUGA